UCCUCUUUCGGCCCCAUGGAGUCCUCGCCCAUCCCCCAGUCAUCAGGGAACUCUUCCAUGCUGGGGAGGGCCCCUCAAAUCCCCGGUCCCUCCACUGCCAGUGGGGUCCCCGAGGCGGAGCUGCGGGACGUGGCUUCGGAAUCCGUGGCCCUCUUCUUCAUGCUCCUGCUGGACCUGACCGCGGUGGCUGGCAACGCCGCGGUGAUGGCCGUCAUCGCCAAGACACCGGCGCUCCGAAAAUUUGUCUUCGUCUUCCACCUCUGCCUGGUGGACCUGCUGGCCGCCCUGACCCUCAUGCCCCUGGCCAUGCUCUCCAGCUCCGCCCUCUUUGACCACGACCUCUUUGGAGAGGUCGCCUGCCGCGUCUACUUGUUCCUGAGCGUCUGCUUCGUCAGCCUGGCCAUUCUCUCGGUGUCUGCCAUCAACGUGGAGCGCUAUUACUACGUGGUCCACCCCAUGCGCUACGAGGUGCGCAUGACGCUGGGGCUGGUGACCUCUGUGCUGGUGGGUGUGUGGGUGAAGGCCUUGGCCGUGGCUUCCGUGCCAGUGCUGGGAAGGGUCUCCCGGGAGGAGGGAGCUCCCAGCCUGCCCCCGGGUUGCUCACUCCAAUGGAGCCGCAGUGCCUACUGCCAGCUUUUCGUGGUGGUCUUCGCCGUCCUGUACUUCCUGUUGCCCCUGCUCCUCAUCCUGGUGGUCUACUGCAGCAUGUUCCGCGUGGCCCGCGUGGCCGCCAUGCAGCACGGACCUCUGCCCACGUGGAUGGAGACGCCCCGGCAGCGCUCGGAGUCUCUCAGCAGCCGCUCCACCAUGGUCACCAGCUCGGGGGCCCACCAGACCACCCCGCACCGGACGUUUGGGGGCGGGAAGGCCGCAGUGGUCCUCCUGGCGGUGGGGGGACAGUUCCUGCUCUGUUGGUUGCCCUACUUUUCUUUCCACCUCUACGUGGCCCUGAGUGCUCAGCCCAUGUCCACUGGGCAGGUGGAGAACGUGGUGACGUGGAUCGGCUACUUCUGCUUCACUUCCAACCCUUUCUUCUACGGAUGUCUCAAUAGGCAGAUCCGGGGGGAGCUCAGCAAGCAGUUUGUCUGCUUCUUCAAGCAGGCUCCGGAGGAGGAGCUGAGGCUGCCUAGCCGGGAGGGCUCCAUCGAGGAGAACUUCCUGCAGUUCCUUCAGGGCACAGGCUGUUCCACCGAGUCCUGGGCUUCCCGACCCCUCCCCAGCCCCAAGCAGGAGCUAGCGGCCGUUGACUUCCGAAUUCCGGGCCAGAUAGCUGAGGAGACCUCCGAACUCCUGGAGCAACAGCUCACCAGUGACAUCAUCACGUCAGACAGCUACCUCCGUCCUGCCCCCUCACCUCGACCUGAAUCCUGA